UUAUGAUCUGAGUUCAGUUUGAAGUUUUGUGAGCAGCGGGUAAUUGUUUGUUUCGGCCGCCGAUUCUUGGUUUGUUUGUUUGUUUGUUAACGUCAUUGCGGCGCCGCGGAGGAUUAACGGUGAGCACGCGGCUGUAUAACGACUGACGGAGCGGAAAGACACCAGCGGGACCGGAAACACGACCGGAACCGGGACCAAGAACAGAAAUCUGAUCUGAGGUCAGCUGACCAACGAUCACUUCACUGUCGGCUUGUCGACUCAGCUCCCAGUGCUCCCAGUAUGAGCGUCCAGCCCCGCAGGAUCCGUCUGAAGCCCUGGUUGUUGGCUCAGGUGAACAGUGGCAGGUAUCCUGGUCUCCAGUGGCUCAGUCCGGAUCACCGCCUCUUCCAGAUCCCCUGGAAACAUGCCACACGCCACACACCAUCAUCAGAUGAGGAAAACACCAUCUUUAAGGCGUGGGCUCUGGAGACAGGUAAAUAUCAGGAAGGCGUGGACGAACCCGACCCUGCCAAGUGGAAAGCAAACCUUCGCUGCGCUCUAAACAAAAGUCGAGAGUUUCAGCUAAAGUACGACGGCACCAAAGAAACUCCGGUGCAGCCGUACAAAAUCUACGAGGUGUGUGAGCAGAGCGGGAACAUAGACGCUGGUGAUGAUGAUGAUGAAGAGAUGCCGAACCUGAUGGACCUCAGCAUUAACCCCAGGACCAGUGACUCCGCCUCCUUCAACUCCUUUCCACCUCAUUCAGAUGUGGACCACUUCAGUAUGUCCUCCAACGGGUCAUUUGGACUUCCACAUGUGAUCCCAGUACCUCUCCUCCCCGACAGAGGCCUCCCCAUGAACUCUGACCUCCAGGCUCAGAGUGGGAUGGUGGAUCAGGGGAGCUUCGUCCAUCCUGUAGGACACCCUAAUGGACUCCAGGACCUGAGUUCUCUCCCCCCUUCAGCUGCCUCUGGUCCCCCCCAGCCGGCUUCAAUGGAGGCCAGCAGCAUGGGGGACGUCCAGAACCAGGGGGACCCUCAGAACCACCAACCCUGCAAGUACGACCUGCUGAGCAGCGUCCCACUAACAGAUCUGGACCUGAAGUUCCAGUACCGGGGCCGGACGAUGGGCUCCCUCACCGUCAGUAACCCUCAGGGCUGCCGGUUGUACUACGGACACCUGGAGCCAACCCCGGAGCAGGUGGACCUGUUCGGACCCGUCACCCUGCAGCAGGUCCGGUUCCCGGGGACAUCUGAGAUCCAGAACCAGAAGCAAAGGUUCUACACUGAGGCCCUGCUGGAUGUGAUGGACCGCGGCCUGAUCCUAGAGAUCUGGGAGCAGGACAUCUACGCCGUCCGCCUCUGUCAGUGCAAGGUUUUCUGGUCUGGACUGGGCAUGCCCGAACAAGGUCCGCCUAACCCCAUGGAGAGGGAGAAGAAGAUCAAAGUGUUCAGCCUCAACAACUUCCUGCAAGGUCUGAUUUCGUUCCAGAAAGGUGAAGCUCAAAACCCUCCACCCUUCGAGGUCUACUUCUGCUUCGGGGAGGACUGGCCCGACAAGAAACCCAAAGAGAAGAAGCUCAUCAUCGUCCAGGUGGUCCCCGUGGUGGCUCGGAUCCUGACAGAGAUGUUCUCAGGAGAACUCAGCUGGUCUACCGACAGCAUCCGUCUGCAGAUCUCGAACCCGGAUGUGAAGGACCAGACGGUGGAGCAGUUCAAAGAGCUUCAGAGGCUCCUGCAGAGCCAACACAUCCAGGGGCCCUGGACCCCUAACGUCCCCUGAAAACCCGGGAGACGGACAGGGGGGAUGGACAGUGGAAGGCUGUCCUGCCUCAUCCUCAUCAUCAUCAUCAUCAUCAUCAUUUAAACCAGCUCACGUCAGAACAUUUCGCCCUGUCAGACUGAUCUCUGGUCAGAAAACUGACCUGAGCUCAGUUUAACAGGAAGUGAAAAAGGACAACUUCCCUUUUUUCAAUUUGACUCAUGUCCAUGUAAACUGUCCACAAGCACACUCUAAAAAAUAAAGAACCAAACUGUCCACACCCACACUGUAAAAAAUUACUACCACUGAUUGAGUGGGCAACUUUGACCUGAAUGUCUACUGCAUGUUUGGUAUUUUGUCGAUGUCAUGUGACCACCUGGACAACGUUUACCUGGCCGUUAUUAAUACUUCUUUGAUCAAAACAAACAAACCUGUGAAACGAUCAGUGACCACAAACUGCUGUAGAACAUUUCAGUGACUCUGUUUUUAGGAUGUCAAUAAACACCACUGCAGUAUUCAUUCAU